AUGAAAAAUUAUAACCUACCGUCUGUUUCAACAAAAGGGACCUACACUCCCACUUUCGACUAUGGUCAAGCCGGCGGGUCUCAACCGUCACAACCCGAAGCCGAACCCGAUGUGGAAGUCGUACCGGAGACGCAACCCGAACCGGUGCAAGAAACAUCGAAACGCGGCAAAAGGUCGCAUAAGAAGAAGGAAAAAGACGCACCGCGGCGUACAAAAAAUAUCAUUAAAUGGACGAAGGAAGAGGAAUUCACGUUGACUCGGGCGUUUCUCGACAUUUCGGAGGACGAAGAGACCGCAAACUUUCAAACGGGCCCGGUUUUUUUGGAUAGGGUUCGUGCACUCUUCUUUAGCACGUGGGGUCAAGGCGAACAUCGGGACAAAGAUUCCAUUUCUAGCAAAUGGACCGACAUCAACAACAAGUGUCAUGCGUUCCAAGAAGUCUUCCAACGUAACUACGAUAAUCGGCAGAGCGGUGAAGGUGACGUGGGGGUUUUAACGAAGACUUUGGAGGAGUUCGAGAGGACAAAAUGCCCUUUCACGUACUAUAAGUGUUGGGAGCUACUACGAAAAAUGUCACACCCCCAAAAUCCACCUGCGGAGUAUCACCGCUUGGGAGCGUGAAAUGACCAGGAUUAAG